AUGUUGGAUCAGGAAGUGGGCAGAGCCGAAGCAGGAAUCCCGAGCUGAGCUACGCGUCAACGGCCGUGUUUGUUCCAUCGGUCGACCGUUUUACCGUUCUCACCUAUUUAACACCCAGCUUACAUGCUGCGUGGCUUUCUGGCCGGUCGAGGUAGGCGCUUUUCUCCGGACUUGCUCGUUUUCCAGCCGCAGCUAUGACCUCUCUCACGCUUAGAAGCUCGGGCCUCGUCCAGCGGAGGACCGAGGCCAUCCGCAGCGCCGCCGCCGACAGGGAAAGGGAGUCCGGCGACGAGGAGGACGAGGCGCGCCGCGGGGAGGAGGAAGACGACGACGAGAAGGGGGACUCGAAGGAGACCAGACUCACACUGAUGGAGGAGGUGUUGCUCCUGGGCCUCAAGGAUCGAGAGGGCUACACGUCUUUCUGGAACGACUGUAUUUCUUCCGGCCUCCGUGGAUGUAUGCUGGUGGAGCUGGCCCUCAGGGGCAGGUUACAGCUGGAGCCUUGCGGCGUGAGGAGGAAAAGCCUGCUCUCCAGGAAGGUGAUCUGCAAGUCAGAUGCUCCGACCGGAGAUGUGCUACUGGAUGAGGCCUUGAAGCACAUUAAAGAGACCCAGCCUCCAGAGACUGUUCAGAGCUGGAUAGAGCUGCUAAGUGGAGAGACCUGGAAUCCCCUGAAGCUGCACUAUCAGCUGAGAAAUGUUCGAGAACGUCUGGCGAAAAACCUGGUAGAGAAAGGUGUCCUCACCACAGAGAAACAGAACUUCCUGCUUUUUGACAUGACCACACAUCCGCUCACCAACAGCACCAUUAAACAGCGCCUCGUCAAGAAGGUCCAGGAGUCCGUUUUGGAAAAGUGGGUCAACGAUCCUCACCGCAUGGACAAACGGGUCCUGGCCCUGAUCCUCCUCGCCCACUCAUCCGACGUUCUUGAGAAUGCCUUCGCCCCGCUCCAGGACGACCAGUACGACCUGGGCAUGAAGAGAGUCCACACCCUGCUGGAGCUGGAGCCAGAGAAAGAGAGCGCAAAGCCCAACGUCAACGAACUUAUGUGGGCUGUGGUGGCGGCGUUUACUAAAUGAAAAACACCUGAUUGGUUGGACUGGAAGAUCUGGCAAUGGUCUGUGUUAUUUAAUUGAUUGAAGGACUUUCACUUAAUGAGACAGACUUCACUUUAAUGAGACAAUCUAUUUUGGUUGGGGAGCCUGUUUGUACAUCUAUUCCGGAUGACAUUUUGGUGGCAGUCCAUAUUAACCCAGUGCAAUCUGAUUGGUGGUGGGCUUCACCAAGUAACAUUUGGUUGGUUGGAACGGUCUCUAAAAGAAAAAUGACUGGCUGCUUUCACACAGUGAGGUAUAUUAUCUGCUGCUGCGAGGCUGGAUGCACGUACCAACACUACAAACAGAUGGGUUUCUGUUAAAGUUAGAUGACAUCAAAGAACAAAGCAGGUAGCAGCAGUAGUCAUGGUGAAUAUGAAGAUUUUGACUGGGGCCAAGUUUCCCUUCUUCACUAAGGAAACAUCAUCUCAACGUUACUACAAGAUCGGGCCAGACACCCCGGUCUCGUCUCCAUACUCUCCCACACACUUAUGCAAAGAUAAGUAUAGCAGAUCACGCUGCUAAUGAUGCUCUUUGCACUUGUGCAAGCACCCUGCUUCCACCUGUUCAUUCCCACUUGUGUUGGGAGUACAUGCUUUAUGGUUACUGUUAGAAUAGACUACCUGAAUGUUUCACUGAGUCACUCUGUUUUCUCUUUAAAUUCUCCUCCUCCUUCCUUCCUCAUUGAUCUAUCAGAAGGAAACAGAGGACACAAAUAAAACGCUUUAUCACCUGCAUCUUUUACGAGGGAGCCAGGUAAUUUGGCCCUUGUAGACCCUGACUUAAAUGAAGAAUUAAACCUGGAGUCUAACAAAACUCUGUAUUUUAUUAGUUGCAAUGGGUCCAUUCUGUACUUAUAGAAUGAGACUAGUCUUCCAUUUCUAUUCAUGUUGCUAAUCGAAGCUUGCAGUAGCCUGUCAUUAAUUAACUAUUUUGCACAGCCAAUAGCCCUGUAGGUAGGUUCGUAUUUAUGGGGAUCUUUCUUGGGUUGAGUAACACACUUAUGAAUAUUAACAACCAUAAUUUUAAAAACGAUCUCACUUAUUUUGUCUACAGCUAUUGAACUUCAUGAAUACUUUUUAAAUCAUUCCUCUGAUUAAAAAAGAAAAAGCUCAUAUUUGUUAGUGUGAGUCAAGAUGUAAAAUCAAAAAAGCGAUCCAAUCUUUUCCUAUUUUUGGAUUGCAGUCUACACAAGAUUUACAAUAUGAUCAUCAGUGGCUACUUAUAGGAAUGGGAUGGGAAAUGUUAGCCAAAGUGGCUACUUUUAAUUCAGAAAAAUUUAAAGGGUCGAUUCACCCAAAUAUUUUCUUUCUUUUUUAAAAAAAGGAAAAUUCUCUCACUUGCCAUUAGUGGUAUCUAGUCAUGGAAUUACUCUUGAUUUUAUUUAGGUUUUGAAAUAUUUCUCAAAGAUAUUUGUCUUUAUCUUCACCCCAAAAUCACUUUUUUCAUUUUACCUUUACUGCUAUCUAUCAAUCUAGAGAUGUCUGCCUUCUCUUGGAUAUAAUGGAACAAAAAGUACUCGGCUUGUGGUGCUCAAGUCUCCAAAAGUACAAACGGCAAUGUUUGUUUCCUUUCAUGAAUUGGUUACCCAUGGCCCUGUUGUUAGCAAUUUUCUGUAGGAACUAUUUGUUUCCUCAUAUAGUACUUACAUGAAACUGCUCACAAUAAGGUCUGUAAAAGGGAAAAAACAAUUAUGUUAUUUCUGUUAUAUUUUGGGGUGAACUUUCCCUUUAAUACAAUGAGGGUAAAUGGAAUUUCCUUUGACAAUGUUCAGCAGUAAAAAUCAGAAGAAAUACUCCUGAAAGUUCAGUCUUUCCUGUAAACAGCUUUCUUCAGAACUACUUUGCACAGAAGAGAUCCUCCCGGUGAGCGGUGACUCACCAGAUACCUGCAGAGGUAGGCGAGACAGUGCAUUCUGUCGUUUGGGUGAACCGAUCCUUUUAAGGUUUCCCUCUUGCAAUAUAUUGUAUCUCUCAGUUUUUAUGUCAUGUCAUAAUUAGAUGUUAUUUCUAUCUGCUAGGCCCACACGGGCGUGUUUAUAUUGUUUCAUACAUGCAGGUGAUGGGAGGGUGACUUGGGCCCCAGAUGAAUCCUUGUUAUUAAAGACUGAAAAUGUUCAACAACAUGCAAUCGGAACAAAAACGAUCUCCAGUCAUGCUUCAGAGCAGAUCUGGGAAUGCUUCUGUUUCAAUAUAAAAUUAUAACCGUAAACAUCAUUCUGGUCUAAUGAGUGUGAUCUUUGUAUGAAGUUACAUCACCUGUUGAUUCACGGCAUACUUAUAGUUCUGUCUUCUUUUUUUUUCUACCAACAAAAUAGGUAUGAAGAACUUGUUGAGAUGCGUUUACAGCAAAGAGACCAUGCAUGCUAUCGGUGGAGGGCUGGGGUACUUGUGGAUGUAGCUACAGAGUAAAGGCUUGUAUGUAAUUAUUAGUCAUUUUAUGUGUACGAUCUAAUGGAAUUCAAUGAAAGGGAUCUUCUCUCCUAUCCUCUAUAAUUCUGUAUGCUUUUGUAUUACCACACAAAAUAAAGUAAGGAUCCUUUAAGUGCCUGAAUUUAGCACUGUUGUUCAUGUUGUCAUUUUUAUUACAAACUUGCUGUUCUGCUUCUUUUAGAUGUUUUGGCUUUGCACUGUUAUUCAAACAAAUAAAGCAAUUUGAAGAUGUUA